AUGGCAUCUAUUCUAUCUGCACAUGAAAUCGGUGAAGGACUUCCCGUUCUGAUUAUUCAUGGAUGGCAGAUGGAGGGAAGAGUCGAGGAACUGGACUUUGAACCGAUCUUCACAAAAACUCCAGGACUUUGCCGCAUUUACGUGGACCUUCCAGGCAUGGGCACAACACCAGCAAACAAUGUGAAGAAUAUGGACGAUAUAUAUCUUCGCCUGGUGCAAUUCAUUGAUUCUCGACUGGGGAACUCAAGGUUUCUUGUUGUUGGCUCAUCAUGUGGCGGCUACCUUGCCCGUGCCAUAGCUCAAAAAUAUAUCGAGCAGGUCGAUGGUUUACUAUUACGCGUACCGCUUAUUGAACCAAAAGACAGCAUGCGCGAUCUUGAUACUUUCAAACCUUUGGUUGCAAACGAGCAACUCAUGUCGAAAAUCUCAGCCGAGGACAGGACACUUCUUGGAAGCGUGCUCGUUCAAACGCCUGCUUACCUUGAAGCUUUAAAGGCAAAAUACGAGGGAGUUUACCGCCCAGCGGAGAAAGCAGCAGACAACAAAGUGUUAGAUCCGAUCAGAGCUGAUCCUCAUCGAUAUCAGUUAUCAUUUUCGCUCGACACUCAAAACUCCAAGUUCUUUGCGCCCACACUUAUCGUAUGUGGUCGCCAAGAUGAGAGCGUGGGCUAUCGAGACAGCGCUCGUCUGCUUGAGCUCUAUCCACGAUCAACCUAUAUUGUUCUAGAUCGUGGUACGCAUGCCCUCCCUAUCGAUGAGAAUGGCCUUUUUGAAGCUCUUGUUCGGGAUUGGAUAUCCCGCGUUGAUGAAUGGCGAGGCCGCACGGACAAAUCAGAGAUAAUCUAG